UCGGAUGUUUACGGUUCGCUAGUCGGUGGUGAUAAAAUUACUUUAGGUACAAACGGUUUAACGGCGUAUAAUUCGGUAUUUGGUUACAUUUUAUUGGGACCUAUUGAUCAUUCGUUUGACGUAACUUCGGAGCCAGCAGGUGAUGUUUUUGCUUUAUCACUUUCGGAUGCUUUACAAAAGAUCACCCCAGCUGAUGAGGAGUGUGAACAGCUUUAUAAGCAAAAUACACAUCGGCUAUCAGACGGUCGGUUCUCUACUCGACUUUUAUUUGUUUCCUCGCGUCCAGUGUUAGGUGAGUCUCGUUACAUAGCCGAGAAACAAUUUCAUGCGGUAGAAAGACGGCUUAUGAAAAAUUCGGUCUUAAGAAAGGAGUACAUCAGUUUUAUGCGGGAGUAUGAAGAACUGGGACAUAUGUCGGUUUCAAAAUUUAAGUAUAAAUCGGGCGAGGAACACUUUUUUAUCCCACAUCAUGCGGUUUUUAAAUAUUCGGGUGACGUGCCCAAAAUUCGGGUGGUUUUUAAUGGCAGUUGCGUCACAUCUACGGGCGUAUCAUUGAAUCAGUGUCUUCACACUGGUCCCAAAUUACAAAGGGACAUAACGGACAUUUUAUUUAAUUUUCGGAGACAUAAAAUUAUUUUCAUUUGUGACGUCAAACAAAUGUUUCGGCAAACGGUAAUAGACGAAUCGGAUCGGAAGUACCAACUUAUAUUAUGGUGGGAGUCUCCUGAUCAGCCUCUCCUCACAUAUGAGUUGUGUACUAACACUUACGGGUUGCGGUGUAGCCCGUACAUUGCUAAUCGAACAAUCUUGGAGCUCGCCGAGCAAGAGCGUGAAAGCCUUCCUCGUGCGGCAGCGGUUUUAAGAACAGAUGUGUACGUAGAUGACAUAAUCACUGGUACGGAUUCGGAAUCUGAUGCGUUGAGCCUUCAGCAAGAACUCAUUACUUUAAUGAAAUCGGGUGGUUAUGAGCUCCGUAAAUGGAUUUCAAAUAGCUCAGCAAUUCUACAAGGUUUACCUGAUGAUCAUAAACAAUUACCUCUCUUAUUUGAAAAUUCGGAAAAUCCCCAUACGGUUGCGGUUCUCGGCGUUUUGUAUGAUCCGGUUCGAGAUGUCUUUUCUUAUAAACUAAAUCUUGGUGCAUCGAGUUCGGACACUAAACGAUCUAUUUUAUCUGUAGUUGCCCGGAUAUUUGACCCUAAGGGUUGGAUUUGCCCAGUAGUGUAUUGGGUUAAAUGUUUACUGCAGCGUUUUUGGCUAAACAAGCUCGAUUGGAAUGAUCCUUUACCUUCGGAUUUGUUGCGUGAGUGGCAAGCGUUUCGGGAAGACUUGGUUAACCUUAAAAGGUUAGCUAUUCCUCGAUGUACUAUGACUAAGCCUGCAAGCAGCUACUCAUUACAUGGGUUCUGUGAUGCUUCGGAGUUAGGUUUUGCGGCAGUGCUUUAUUUGCGAUCAAGUAACCAAGACGGCUCGGUGUCGGUACACUUGCUCAUGGCUAAGAGCAAGGUCGCCCCUCUCAGGACACGUCCCACCAUUCCUAAAUUGGAGUUGUGUGGAGCCGUGCUACUGGUUAAGCUUCUCAAUCAUGUGAGUCUUUGUCUUCAAAGAUCCGUUGAAUUUGAGGAGAUAGUUGGAUGGACCGACAGUAUGAUUUCUUUGGCAUGGAUUAAUACAUCACCUCAUACUCUUCAAGUAUACGAGGCUAACAGAGUUUCACAAAUUCAAAAUUCUGCGGUUACUAUCACCUGGCGACAUGUACCUGGCAAUUUGAAUCCGGCAGACGUCGCUUCACGCGGGUCAACGGCUUUAACGUUACUUUCUCAUCCAUUGUGGUGGGAACCUGCCUGGCUUACUCAAAAUGAGUCCGCCUGGCCCUCUCGCGAGGUGGAGAGGCCUUCGGAACUGCCUGGUCAAAACACAUAA